AUGGAAGCCUCAUCCCUCUGGUUGGAUCAAGCUCAACUUCGAUGGAUCAAUCAAAAAUGGAGUUGCUACCACAAGCUUUUUUUUAUUCAAAAUGACAACGCCCACACCCUUCUCGCUGGAGCUAAAAAUAUUGGGGUCAAUUCCAUUACUAUGGCUGAAUGCCUUGCUCUGAGAGAUGGUCUAGCUCAUGCAGUUCACCAUGGAUGGCGUAAUAUCAUAAUUGAAUGUGACUCUAAAGUCGUCAUUGAUGCUGCGACCAAGAAAUGCUCUGCCCCUGGAGUAUCAUGCAACUUGUCCAAGAUGUCUCACACUUGGCCUCCGUUUGUAAUUUGA